GUUUAUAAUAUAGAAAAGGGGGUGAAAUUUGCACACCCCUAAUUACAAAUGGCACACCCUUAUAUUAUUUUAAUAAUAUUUCAUCUAACAACUUUUUACUCUUCCUAAAAUACCCUAAACUCAGAUUUUUUCUUUUUUUCUUUUUGGGCCCUCUCUCUCUCUCUCCUCCAAAACCACGACCAUAUUAUCUGUAUCUUCUCCAUGUAGGAGCCCAAGCUAGUUAGAACUUGGAUGAGUAUCAACAUACACUUCCCAAUCAGUUUUCCAGCUCUCUUUCUGCCCUCAGCAAUUUUUUUUUUGGAGUCCGGAGGCAGGAAUGUUUGCAAGACUCGAAGUCGGACUGAGAAGAAUUCUCAGUCGUUGGGUCAAGGCUGGAAAGAUGAUCGAGAUCAGCGUGAUAACCGGAGACCUUCUCCUCCGAUCUGAGCCCCGCGUGCACCGGCGCUUCAACCCCCAGCUUCCCACCGAAAAUCUCGUUGACAGGGACGACGGCGGCCGCGGCGCUGGAUCCGAGCCCGCUUCCCAAAGGCAGGCCCUUCUGGAGAGAGAGGGAGAGGUCGACGGAGCGGACGCCGAGCAUCUUCAUGACCUCAAUGGCGGCGAUCCCGGGGCAGUUCCAGAUGGGGUUCUUGCUCAGCUUCUUGGAGUUGUGGUCGCCGGAGAUCUCGGAAAUGGAGAUCUCUCCGGGGAGGACUUGGGGAUCGACGGUGAGGGAGACGAAGUCGCCGAGGCCGUCGACGGCGCAUCUGAUGAAGUCAAAGCCGGGGCCGAGGUUGGCGACGGUGGCCGGGCUGAAGGCCUUGACGGUGGCGGUGUCAAGGUACCGAAACAAGAGAGGAAAUAGAGGAGAUGGUCGUGGUUUUGGAGAAGAGAGAGAGAGAGAGAGAGGGCCCAAACAGGAAAAAAAAAAUGAGUUUAGGGUAUUUUAAGAAGAGUAAAAAGUUGUUAGAGGAAAUAGUAUUAAAAAAAUGAAAGGAUGUGCCAUUUGUAAUUAGGGGUGUGCAAAUUUCACCCCCCUAUAGAAAACUGGAUAGGAGUUAAGUUGAGUGGGUCCGAUCGACCUCCUUAUUUUGUUCCCAAGAAACCUGCUGCCUAGCCCUAGCGAGGACAUCCAUCACAUUCAUAAA